GCCGCUGCUGCCGCCCGGAACCUCCGAGACCGUGCAGCGAGCGGCUGUGUGUGAAGCCGAGAGCGGCGAAGGAGGGACCGGUUCCGGCUUCCGCGCACUCACUCGCGCCGCGCAGCGCAGGGGAGAGGCCGCCGCAGGAGCGGAGCCAGCAGAAAAAGACAAAAUGCCCAAAAAGAAGACUGGUGCACGCAAGAAGGCUGAAAAUCGUCGAGAACGUGAAAAGCAGAUAAGAGCUUCAAGGGGCAACAUAGAUUUAGCUAAACACCCUUGUAAUGCUUCAAUGGAAUGUGAUAAGUGCCAAAGACGACAGAAGAAUAGAGCCUUUUGCUACUUUUGUAGUUCUGUUCAAAAAUUGCCUAUUUGUGCACACUGUGGAAAAACAAAAUGUAUGAUGAAGUCUUCAGACUGUGUUAUAAAACAUGCUGGCGUGUAUAGUACUGGCCUUGCAAUGGUGGGUGCAAUCUGUGAUUUCUGUGAAGCUUGGAUCUGCCAUGGUAGGAAGUGUCUCAGCACGCAUGCUUGUAUCUGCCCUCUUGCAGAUGCAGAAUGCAUUGAAUGUGAAAGAGGUGUCUGGGAUCACGGAGGCAGAAUAUUCAGCUGCUCUUUUUGUCAUAAUUUCCUCUGUGAAGAUGAUCAGUUUGAGCACCAAGCCAGCUGCCAAGUUUUGGAGGCCGAGACAUUUAAAUGUGUUUCCUGUAAUCGGCUUGGACAGCAUUCAUGCCUGCGUUGCAAGGCUUGUUUCUGUGAUGAUCACACCCGAAGCAAGGUUUUUAAGCAAGAAAAGGGGAAAGAGCCUCCUUGUCCUAAAUGUGGGCAUGAAACUCAGGCGACAAAGGAUCUGAGCAUGUCAACCCGCUCCCUGAAGUUUGGCCGGCAGACAGGAGGUGAAGAGGCAGAUGGAGCUUCUGGCUAUGAUGCCUACUGGAAGAACCUCUCAUCUGGCAAGGAUGGAAAUGCAGGUGACCAUGAUGAUGAAUAUGAAGAGGAUGAAGCAGAAGAUGAUGAUGAGGAAGACGAGGAGGGAGGGAAAGAUUCUGAAACAGAGGCCACAGAUGUAUUCAGUAAUUUGAAUUUAGGAAGGACCUAUGCUAGUGGCUAUGCCCAUUAUGAAGAACCUGAAGACUAAGAUUACAGAGUAGAGCAUUUGGAAGGAAUAAGCAUACGAGUACUUUCUGAAUUGUUUGUGCGCCACUAGAAUAGCUCUGGCAGGCAAUUAAGCAUCAAAGCUUAUUACAGAAAAAGGGCAUGGAACUUCUGUAAAAACUCAAGGAGAGAUUCCUCUGUGUAAAGUGAGGAGGUAGAAAGGAGGAUAUAUAUGUACGUUCAUAUUCAUGCAAAUAAUCAAAGUGUUUUGAUCUCAUGAUUACUGAGUGUAAUAGUUUGUCUCCUUCCCCAUCAAGUUGGGAGUGUAGGAGAGUAAAGAGAUGUGUUACCAUCUAUUCCUCAGAAAUUAAGUUAUUUUUCUUGAGUAAUUUUACUGUAAUUCUAUAAUCUGAUUUAAUUAAUUAUAUGUAGCAGUGUAAGUGGGUAACUCUAUUCAAUUUUGGCCUACAAAAUAAAAGUCAGCAGCAUUCUGUAGUAAGUUUUCAUAAAUAUUGAUCUGGGCUAAGUGCUUGGAAAGCACUUACUAGAAACCUAUCAUGAAUCAAAUAUAAACUGAAAUUAAAAUAACUUUCCCAUUUCAUAUAGGUAAAACAGAUCCAUGUAUUUCCCCAUAACAUUCUACUUGAACAGUAUCAUUCCAUGUCUUUUUGAGCAUUGUACAUUAAUCAUAGCUAUUAUGUAAAAUCACCUAUGCCCAUAAAAUCAAAAGGAUUAUUUAUCACAAUAAAAAUGUUAAUGUAUCCUCCUUGACCAAUAAAAUCCACCAAUCUCUUUGAGUAUAAUA